UAAUCAAACAAACCUUCAAAAAAUCAAUCAGUUCAUUCGUAUAAGUAAAAAAAAAGACAUGCAUCAUCAUCAGGGUGGACCAGGCGGUGGCGGCCCUGGAGGCGGUUGGGGUGGACCAGGAGGACACGGUGGUGGACCCGGUGGUGGUCCCGGCGGUAACUGGGGUGGUCCAGGAGGUGGCGGUGGAUCUUGGGGUGGCCAGGGAGGUCACGGCGGCCCUCCAGGAGGAGGCGGUGGUAAUUGGGGAGGUCCAGGACACCAUGGUGGUCCAGGAGGUGAUAAUUGGGGAGGACAAGGUCAUCAUGGUGGCCCUGGUGGCGGUAAUUGGGGAGGCCCAGGACAUCAUGGUGGACCAGGUGGUGGAGGAUUUGGACCUGGUGGAGGAAGUUUUGGUCCUGGAGGUGGUCCAGGUGGAUUUGGAGGCCAUGGUGGGCCAGGUGGACCUCCAUUUUAAUAUCUUAUAAAUAAAUAAUUUUAUGUUUUAUUAUUUUGUUUAGUUUGUAAGGUAAAUAAUAUAUUUUUUUUUAUGAAAAUAAAUAUUAUUCACAAAUA